GAGCGGCCGCACGGCGGGGCGGGACGGCGUGUGUCGGCAGGCCCGGGCGCUGUUUCCGUGCUGUGUCGGAGCUGUGCCGGUGCUGUUUCGGUACCGUAGCGGUGCUGUGGCGGAGGAGCGGCCCGGACAGACGGAAACAAGAACUCUGAAGUCAUGGCAGGCAAACCCAAGCUGCACUACACCAAGGGAAGGGGGAAGAUGGAGUCAAUCCGAUGGCUGCUAGCAGCAGCUGGUGUUGAGUUUGAGGAAGAAUUCAUAGAAACUAAAGAAGACUUAGAAAAAUUGCGCAAUGAUGGAGUCCUGCUGUUUCAGCAGGUGCCCAUGGUGGAGAUUGAUGGGAUGAGGAUGGUGCAGACCAGAGCCAUCCUCAGCUACAUUGCAGCAAAGUACAACCUCUAUGGGAAGGACCUGAAGGAAAGAGCCUGGAUUGAUAUGUACGUGGAGGGAACUACAGACCUAAUGGGAAUGAUCAUGUAUCUCCCUUUUCAACCAGCUGAUACAAAAGAAAAGAAUCUUGCCUUAAUCAUUGAACGAGCUACAACCAGGUACUUUCCUGUUUAUGAAAAGGCCUUAAAAGAUCAUGGACAGGAUUAUCUUGUUGGCAACAAAUUAAGCUGGGCAGAUGUCCAUCUGCUGGAAGCCAUUUUAAUGGCAGAAGAAUGUAAGCCUGAUGUACUGUUUGCAUUCCCUUUGCUACAGGCUUUUAAAGGAAGAAUCAGCAACAUUCCAACAAUCAAAAAAUUCUUACAGCCUGGCAGCCAGAGGAAGCCACCAACAGAUGAUAAGAUGGUUGCUGUCGUGAGGAAAAUAUUCAACAUCUAAUCUGAUGAAGAUAACCCAACCGUAGUAUAUUACCAGAGCUUGCUUUUUAAGUGUAAAUUGCAUAGAUGUGCUCUGUAACUUGUAUCAUAUGGCCAGUGUUGAAACAAUACACUGUGAAUACACUUUUAAAUUAGAGUAAAAGGCUAAUUUGGACCUGUUUAGUCCAGAAAGAAGAAUUUAGUGAAGCAGUUAUAUGAAAUAAAAUAUGCUGACACUUUG